UAGCAUUGCCUCAAGUUUUUGCAAACUAAACAUUUAGGUUAUAUUAUACCGCCUAAUUGUAAUAGUAUUAUUUUUAAGUUUCAAUUUAUUAUAGUAAAUUAAUAGUGUAAAGGCAGGUAGGGUAUAUUUGUAUACAAACAACAGGGGUUCCCUUUAGAAUAUGGCUAAGCAUCAUCCAGAUCUUAUUUUCUGUAGAAAACAGCCAGGCGUAGCUAUUGGUCGUCUGUGCGAGAAAUGUGAUGGUAAAUGCGUAAUUUGCGAUUCAUACGUACGACCAUGUACAUUGGUGCGAAUAUGCGAUGAGUGUAAUUACGGCUCCUACCAAGGGAGAUGUGUUAUUUGCGGCGGUCCUGGAGUAUCCGACGCAUAUUACUGCAAAGAAUGCACCAUUCAGGAGAAAGACAGAGAUGGCUGUCCAAAGAUUGUGAACUUAGGCAGUUCAAAGACUGAUCUGUUCUAUGAACGGAAGAAAUAUGGAUUUAGAAGACAUUAGCUAUAGACAUACAUUUUUAGUUUUAAGUUAUUUUUUAUAAGAAAUUUGAUUGGGUCCAAGGAAACAUUUGAAACUGCUUUAGUUCACUUGAAAUAGUACAUAAUUUGAGGGUUCAUUUAAAGUCAACUAUCAUCUAUAUAAUAAUAUUAAUAACACAUACUGUUUGUAUGUGUGAGGGAUUAAGUGCUAUUCCAAUUACAAAAAAAAAUAGGAUUAUUUGACAUGUUACAAAAUGUGUUACACUCGAGAAUAGUAAUGCUAUUCUUGACUGUUAUGAUGUCUUCUUGUUUUUUUAUACGAUGAAGGUACCAGUCAAGCACAUGACCCAUCUGGUAAAUCAUUAACCAUAGCCUAUGGACACCAGUUUAGAUUUCAAGAUUAAAAAGUACAGGCAUUGUUGCUAAAUAACAGAAAUGGGUAGGAUUAAUUUCUUGUCCAAGUUAAUUUAAAAUAAUAUAUGUAACAUGUAAAAUAUAAUAUGUACAUGUAUAAUCUCACGAGUUAAAUUGACUUAAGUAAAAAUAUACAUCAUUUACUUUCUGAAAAAUUAAAAGUAGUUCUGGAUUUACUAUUAUUUCAUGAACUAAAAUUAAUACCAUUGUCUUGUAACCUUAAAACUUGUUAAUUAUAAUUUUUAAGUAUAACAAUUGAAAUGUAUAAAAAAAAUUGCUUAUACUAUAGAUUGUUCCUAUUAUUGUGUAUCAACGAAACAUUAUUAGUUGGUGUAUUUUAUACUGUCUAUAGUACAAAAUGAUAAUUUUAUAUUUGUACAUAAAUCAGUUGUAAUUCUUAAACCAAAUUGAUGAGAACUUUUUGUAAUAUUAAAGGUUUACACUGAUUUUUCUAGUCCCAGGAGGAUGUAGCAGCUGUAGCCUACUACAUUAAAAAAUAUUGGAUUCAGAUAUAUUAGAUCUGGUAAUAAUAUUAUUUUCCUAUAUAUAUUGUAAUUAGUAUAAAAAUAAACAUUACCUUGGUAUGUUGGAUAUUGUAGUUUUUUAGGUGGUACCUAAAGAUCAGGGGUUAGGAACGAGGGUGUUAAGAGAGUCACACUCAGUUGCACAGUAUCUGGCUAUACAUGUGACUGUUAGCCUUGUUUGAAAGUGAAAACAUGAUAUUUUGUAAACUGUUAUUAAUCCUUUUAAUAUUUUACGCUCUCUAACACCUGUUACUGUUUUUUUUUGAGUGUACGAUCAGUGUAUUUACCUAGUGCAGUAAUAA